AUGACCCCGAUAACGAAAAUCGCGGAUCCAAACAGCAUCAACGCGAAGGAAAUCGAGACAAAUAGUGCAGCAAAUCCAGUAGGAGACACAUGUGGUCGAUGUGGCGAAGGGGCCGACGAUGACGACGAAGAGGAAGCUACGGUGGCGCCGACGAAGGAGGUGGGGAAUGGGAAUGGGAUAGGAAGAGGAGGUGAACCGAGGAUGUUGAUGAUCAUUGAACAGAGCUGCGUCAGCCCCAAGCAAUCCAACACCAUUCGAAUCUCAAAUUGGGAAAUCGGUGUCAAACAAAAAGCGAACAGCAGCGAAUCAGGCAAUCAGCGAUCGAUCAAUUGGUCUUGCAGUCUUGCUCAUUAUCCUUCAAAAAAAAAGUCGAUUGCAAUUUGCAGCAAUCGACAAUCGUGGAAGACUGUAAUCAGGGCAGGGAAACGAUCAAACGAAGGGCAGUGGCGCAGUGCAUCAGCGGACAACGAUCCAUCAGAGAGGAAGUCUAAACAACCAUCCGGUAGUCAAAAACGUAAAAAAAGAAAACUAGAUGAAGAAAAGAGAAAGGCUGACGCCGGUGCUCUAGAUAAGUUUAUCCAUAGACAACCUAUUGAAGAGCACAUUGAAGAGGAUGUUGAAGAGCACAUUGAAGAGCACAUUGAAGAGCAUGUUGAAGAUAAAGAGCAUAUAGAAGUAAAAGAGUCAAAAGAGCAAGAGCCCGUUAAAGAGCUUGUUGAUAUAUAUGAUCCAAGAAGGUGGGAAAAACUUAGUUCUGAGGAGAUUAAACUUUUGGUCCAGAAAGGCCCUAAAAGAGAUAAUAGUAUUAUGUAUGGUCCCUACGGUAAAUUUGGUAGACGGUUUUCUGCAGCUUUAUAUACAAGAACUUUGCCAAAUUUGGAAAAGUAUUGGCACCAUGUUACCACUAGGGUUAAAGAACAUGAAAUUUCAUUGGAUCAUCUUACAAAUAGGAAUAAGUGGUUUGAUAUGCGUAAAAGAUUGAACUUGAAUGAAACAAUUGAUAAAGUUCAAUACGAGCAAUUCAAGAAAGAAAGAGAUUACUGGAAACAAGUCCUUUUGAGAAUCAUUGCAGUAGUGAAGUUUCUUGCUAAACAUAAUUUAGCAUUUCGUGGAUCCAAUGAAAAGUUGUAUAAAAAAGGUAACGGAAAUUUUUUGGGUGUCAUUGAAAUGUUGGAAGAGUUUGACCCGGUUAUCAAAGAGCAUGUGCGGCGGAUCACAAGUGAUGGGCUUCAUGUGCAUUAUCUUGGCCACUUAAUCCAAAACGAACUAAUAUCUUUGCUAGCUCAAGAAAUUAAAAAAGAACUUAUCAAGAAGAUAAAGAAAGCAAAGUACUACUCAAUCAUACUUGAUUGUACUCCCGAUUCAAGUCACCAGGAACAAAUGACUAUAAUAGUGAGGUAUUUAACAUUAUCAUAUAAUUCUGUUACUGUCGAGGAGUCCUUUUUAGGUUUUUUGAAUGUUGAUGAUACUUCUGGAAAAGGACUAUUUGAUAUUACACUUGAGGAGUUAAAGUCUCUUGGUCUUCAAAUUGAUGAUAUGCGUGGUCAAGGCUAUGAUAAUGGAGCAAACAUGAAAGGAAAACACCAAGGAGUGCAAAAGAGAUUUUUAGAUAUAAAUCCUAGAGCAUUUUACACUCCUUGUGGUUGCCAUUCUCUAAAUCUAACAUUAUGUGAUAUGGCUAACAAGUGUGUUAAAGGAAAGAACUUUUUUGGAUUCAUUCAACGCAUUUAUACUAUAUUUGCAAAUUCUACUAAGAGGUGGGAAAUUUUGAAAGAUAAUGUUAAAGCUUUGAGUCUUAAGUCAUUGUGUCAAACUCGUUGGGAAAUCCGGGUUGAGAGUGUAAAGGCUAUUAAACUUCAACUUGUGGAUGUACGGGAAGCUUUACUUCAAGUUGGAGAACAAGAUAAUGAUGCUGCAAUAGCAAGUGAAGCAACUUCACUAGCAGAAAAAGAACUUGGUGACUUUGAAUUUUUGGUAUCAACUGUUAUUUGGUAUGAAGUACUAAACCAUGUGAAUAUUGUGAGUAAGAAUUAUAGAGAAACUGGUUUUUCAAAAGCGAUUGUUGAAGCUAAGGAGAUUGCUAUUGAAAUGGGUAUUGAUCCAAUAUUUCCACAAAAGCGUUUGAUUGAAAGGAAAAGAAGGUUUGAUGAGAGUUCAACUAGCGAAGAAGUUUCAUUUACACCUGAAGAGAAUUUUAGAGUCAAUUAUUUCUUAUUCAUUGUUGAUCAAGCUAUUUCUUCUCUUGAGACAAGAUUUGAACAAUUCAAAGAGUAUGACAAAGUAUUUGGUUUUUUAUUUCCACAUAAUUUAAGGGGAAUCGAAGAUAAAGAUCUCAAGUCGUAUUGUCAUCGUCUUGAAAAAGCACUCAAAUUUGAAGAAAGAUCGGAUAUUGAUGCCGAGGAACUUUAUACGGAGUUGAAAUUAUUUGAGACAUUGGAAACCAAUGAAUUUAGCAACCCUAUAGAUGUUUUGAAGUUUUUGAAAGAACUUGAUUAUUUCCCAAAUGCAAGCAUUGCAUAUAGAAUAUUGUUGACUAUUCCAGUAACGGUUGCAUCUGCAGAAAGGAGUUUUUCUAAAUUGAAGUUUGUGAAAUCUUAUUUACGCUCCACAAUGACACAAGAAAGACUUAGCGGUUUGGCAAUGAUAUCUAUCGAGAACGAAAUCUUAGAGAGUGUAGACUAUGAAGAGUUGAUCAACCAAUUUGCAAUCAAAAAUGCUAAGAGAGCUUCACGGAUCGUCGGUUAG